GGUUAGAAACUACUAAGCGUGCUUUCCAGUUGCAAUUACAAAGUGAUUUCAAUUCAAUUAUGAAAAUAGAGUUGGCAGUGUUAUAACAUAAAAACUAAAAAUGAGUUUCACGUACAAUGCUUCAAAAUCUCAGGCUAGUACCACUUCUACAAGCAGUGUCCCAACUACAACUUUUACUUUUGGAGUUGACGGUGCUGGAGAUGCAGCAAAAUCAACAGGCUUUUCACUUAUAUCCACAUCAGCACAAAAUAAACCUGGUGGUGUUUUUGGUAUUGGAUUAGCCAGUACUUCUGCCCAACCAAGUGGCUUUAAUUUUCAAACAUCUGUUGCAACUCCUCCAAAUACUGCACCUUCGCAAACUCCAAGUUUAACAUUUAGUACUGGUACAACUACAAGUACUGGUAUAACUCCUACAGUAACCACUACAACAGCACCUACAGGAUUUGUUGCACUAAAUUUUAGUGUAGGAGGUACUACUAUUUCCACAACAACAACAGCAACAACAGCAUUUGCAUCCAAACCACUUAUUGGUGGAUUUGCUUUGGGAACCAAUAAAGGAGCUGUAUCUACUGCUGCAACUGGUUUAACAUUUGGUACACCAAAUACAAUGACAACAGGAACUGGAUUUACUCUUUCUACAGCACCUGCUGCAACCACUACAACAACUGCAACUACAACAGCAACAGGUUUUUCUUUAAGUACAAGUGGAACAACUUCUGCGGCCACAGGAUUCACUUUUGGUACAGAAACAACUGCAACUAGCACAGCGGGAUUUUCUUUAAAUCAAACUGCUGCUACAGCAAGUCUUACAAGUACUCAAGCAUCUUUGGGUACAACCACAACUGUUAGUUCAUCCACGGGUUCGCUUCAACCUGCUUCUAUAAAUUCAUUUGAAGAAUCUAUCAAUAAAUGGACCUUAGAAUUAGAAGAACAAGAAAAAGUAUUUGUAAAUCAAGCUGCUCAAGUAAACACUUGGGAUAAAUUGCUCAUAACCAAUGGUGAAAAAAUAGUAACACUCAAUCAAGAAGUAGAAAGAGUCAAGAUUGAACAGCAGCAAUUAGAGCACGAAUUGGACUAUGUUGUUGGGCAACAAAAAGAAUUACAAGAUUGUUUAGUACCACUAGAGAAAGAAUUAGCGUCUCUUUCGAUCUCCGAUCCAGAAAGAGAAUAUACUUACCGUUUAGCAGAAGAUCUUGAUACACAAUUGAAACGAAUGUCGGAGGAUUUAAAAGAAAUUAUUGAACAUUUAAAUCAAGCCAAUCGUACUCAAGAUUCUAGUGACCCAAUUGUGCAAAUCGGCAAGAUACUGAACGCACAUAUGAAUAGUUUGCAGUGGUUAGAUCAACAGACAACUUUACUCAGUCAGAAAAUACAGCAGAUAGAUCAAAUGCACCAAAAUUUUAGACAAGAAAAUGAACGAAGCUUCAGCUUAGCAUAUAAUUAAUGUUAGUC